AUGCCUUCCAUUGCUAGCGGAACCCCGACCAGCUCUAGGGUUGUGCCAUCGUCUGUCAUCGUUGAGCCCUCCAGCUCCGCAUCAUCGUCUGCGGCGCUCCCCUCAAUAUCUUCUACCUUGUCGUCAAUCCUAGUGUCCUCUACGCCUGUCGCCACCCCAUUACCUUCGUCGGGCGGACCAUCUCCAACUCAGUCCUGCAUUGCACGAUCUGCAAACUACGUCUCGAACGGCAACUUCGAGACUGGAUCGCUCAGCGGCUACACCAUCGACACAAGCCGGUCAACCGUCAGCAUCGUCAACGACGCUUCAUCCGCCCACUCCGGUAGCUACUUCAUUCGUGGAACAAGUACCGAAAACAACAGCAAAGACAACAACAAGGCCAUCUUCACGCGCUACAACAUCAAUAUCCCUUCGGGCACCAAGGUCGUGGUAUCCGCGUGGUUCAAGUCGCUGAGGUCUGAGACUGAGAGAAUCCAGCGUUUUAGAAUCUACCUCGAUGGAACUGAGCUUGGUAAUGUCGUCCCUGUCAACGGUGAUAAGAAGUGGAUCAGGGUUGGUAACACGGAGUCGACGCCUCACACUGUGUCGAUGGCUAAGACCCAUACUCUUCAGUUCCGCGUCGACAAUAACCCCUCUGAUGGUCCCUACUUUGACAUCGAUGAUGUUUCUAUUGUGGCCGUUGACUGCAGUACUGUAUCAGUCUCGUCGUCGAACUCGGUUAUCGUACCGUCCAGCUCUAGCGUGGUCACAGUGUCGUCGAGCUCUUCUCCUGCUGUUGAGUCGACUACUCCUUCCACUGUCUCUGCGUCUGCCUCUCCAUUCAGCAAUGUUGUGUCGAUUGCGUCAAGUACACCUGCGGCAGAGGCGUCUUCUAUCCCGAGCGAAAUUCUUACCAGCACAUCUGCGAUCGAGACUGCAGUAAGCCCAUCAGUUACUGAAACUGUUUCAAACAUUCCCCAGACUACUCCUUCCGCUUCUUCGAUCGAGUCGUCUGUAGUUGUCACUUCAACCACCCCGGAACCUACUCCCGAGACCACACCCAGCCCUACCGACAUCAUCGCUAGCUCUUCAGACGGCGCUCCCAUCACCUCUGAGUCAACUCCAGAGGCUGCCUCGAGUGCUACUCCAGGGGUUACCACUCCUGUCGAUGUCGCCUCCAGCACACCCGAACCCACUGCCAGCGUGUCCUCAGACACCGUGUCUGUAACUCCCGAGACCAGCCCAGCUUCCUCCGGCGUAGUUUCUCAGACGCCUGAAGCUAGCUCAGAGUCUUCACUACAAGUCACUGCUACCUCAUCUUCUUUAGACGUCGUCUCAAGCACCUCCGAGCCUAGCCCAACCUCUUCGGAAGUUGUCUCCCAAACUCUUGAGACGACACCAAGUGCUUCUGCGUCAGAGACCGCAAGCACCGCAAUCGUCGAUACUAGCUCGUCUUCUUCCGAAGCGAUCUCCAGCACUGUUGAGGCUGUGACUAGCUCUUCUGAUGUCGCAAGCGUAACACCGGAGACUACUCCUACUCCUUCGCCGGAAGUAUCACCUAGCUCCAGUAGCGUCGAGACCGUACCCAGCUCUUCUGAUGUUAUCUCUGCGACGCCUGAGACCACUCGCAUUUCUACACCAGUAGCGACAUCUUCCGAGGUAGUGUCCGGCACUUCUGAGGCUACGCCCAGCCCAUCCGAUGUCGUAUCUGCUACACCAGAGGUAACCUCGACCGCUUCUUCGGCUGUAGUUGAAUCGACUCCCAGUCCUACAGGUGUCUCUUCUAGCACCCCAGAGACAAUGUCUAGCUCUUCCGAAAUUGUCUCUAGCACUCCCGAAGUGACGGUGAGCCCUUCAGCUUCCACGACUAGCACGCCGUCUCUAACCUCGAGCUCCACACCUGCUCCCGUUACACCCACUCCGACAACCCUCGUGACUCGCACAUCCUCAUUCACCUCGACAUUCACUUCUACAUCACUUCUUCCAUGCUACACCGCUAAAUCUGAAUACCUCAUCAACCCUGGCUUCGAGGCAACCUCCGGCAACAGCAUCACGCCUUGGACAUCAACUGACACUGGAUUUGACUACUCCGUACAAAACGACAAUAGUCGCUCCAGCGGCCGAGUCUUUCGUGGCACCACAUCUAGCAACAACCCAUCUACCCUCAAACUCACACAGGCCAAUAUCAAGGAUCUACCCGCUGGGACUACCGUUACCGUAUCUACAUAUAUCAAGCCAAUGCGCGACGGGAUCACGACGAGCAACUCUUUGUCGUUCAACUUGAAGUUCGACGGUACGAGCGUUCAGACUUUCACCGCAAGCAAUGCAAAUAAGAAUGGUUGGAUACAAAUGACAGGUUCGAUCAUGGUCAGCAAUGCUGUAUCGCAUACUGUUUCGCUGGAGGUGAAUACCAAGGGUAAGAGUGGCAAUAUCUUUGCGGUAGACGAUUUUUCGGUUAAGGCGACGAUUCCGGCAGCGGGUAAUAGGUUUUGCACGAAGUAG